UUGUUCUGAUAGACAUUAAAAUCGGGUCAAUUCAGAGCACACGUUAUGCAGCUUACUACCCCUCGGUUUCCUGUCGUCAUCAAGAUAGGCCAUGCACACGCAGGAAUGGGAAAGGUUAAGGUAGAUAAUCAUCAAGACUUCCAAGACAUUGGCAGUGUCAUCGCCAUCACCAACUGUUACGCCACUACAGAAUCAUUCCUGGACGCCCAAUAUGACAUCAGAGUGCAGAAAAUUGGCAACACCUACAAGGCUUUCAAGAGGACUUCAAUUUCUGGGAACUGGAAAGCCAACACAGGAUCUGCUGUAGUGGAGGAGAUGCCCAUGAACGGCAGGUUCAAGUUGUGGAUAGAUGAGGCUGCAGAGUUGUUUGGAGGAAUGGAUAUUGUCACAGUGGAAGCUAUACAUACUAAGGAUGGCAAGGAUUUUAUCAUUGAGGUGAAUGAUUCUUCCAUGUGUCUAAUGGGUGAGAAACAAGAAGAUGAUAGGAAAGCAAUAGCAGAGCUUGUUAUUCAGAAGAUGCAUGCUGUUAUCAUCAAAAACACCAUCAGGUCAGUAUCAUUCAAGAUAUGUAGUGUCAGCGUACAUGUACAUUUAACAAUGCAUGUAACCACUCCCUUCAGGCCCUCCAACAACCACACCCCAAACAGCGUCAGGUCCUUGGGCGCCGCCAGCACAACAUCCACAUCCAACGCAACAGCUGGAGGGUCUCAGGCGUCAUCGUCGGCCAGGGCGACGCCCACAGAAGACGAAGAUACCUUUAAGAACCUCAAGAAAACCUUUGCAAGCAUCUUUGGUGAUUUGUGAUCACUUUAAUACUAUUUCAUUUGAAUUCCAAGGAAUCAUUAGGCUAAGUUUGAAUUGUCUCUUUUCAUUGUAUACACAUUCUCUGUUCAUUUCUUUUUACAUGAUUUCAUCGCUUGAGAGCAUAAAGGGCAUUCACUCAAAGACUUUGAAUUCCCUUCUGGCUCUUGACAGACAAUGUUCCAGUGAUUCUUAAGUAGUUCAGAGGAAAAGAGUGGCACAUUAACAGUUACGUUGUAACAAAACGACCACAUCUGGCUAAUUGACAAUCGUAUUUCUUUUGCAUUGGACAGCUAGCUAUGGUAAUGAAGCACCAGAAACAGCAAUUAUAGAGAACUCAUCUGUUCAGAGCUGAAAGGGUGCUAUCUCUCUCCGUAUAAAAGAACAUGACUUAAUGCCCUUCUGGCUCUCAACAAAUGAAAUGUAGAGUCUCAAGAUGAAAUUGUGUUGGUUAAAAAGCUCCAGUUUGGGUAGCACUGUAAUUCACUAUAUACAUAGUACUACUUAUAAAACAGGAUUUUGAUUUAGUCAGAUUUUAGUUGCAGGAGCAGAGAAUGGUAGUAUUGACAAUUCUGGAAGAAAAUUAUGAAAUGCAUACAUUUUCUUCCACUUUCUAGAGAACAGUUCAUAUUAAAGACGCUUGCAAUUUGUUUCUUCAGGUUUAAAUAUAUGUUUGUUUGUAAUUAUGAUCUCAAAGGUACUCCUGAUAUCAUUGGUUUAAUCUUUUCAAUUCAAAUAGAAUGUUUGUUUAUUUGUUGUGUCUUGUCUGAAAUAAACUGUAUAUAAGAAAUACAUAACCUACUGGUACUUUUAGUUAAUUACUGCAUUGUGCAAUAAUAAUAAUCCAUUACAUCUGUUUCUCUAUAGUAAAUGAAGUAAUUUAUUCUCGUUUCAACAUGAAAUAUUUAGAGUACUUUCAUAUAUGUCUGUAAGUAUUGAUAUCUUCUGUCUGACUGACUGACUGUGCCAAAUGAUACAAGUUGUAAUGGGUGUUGGAUGUUUGGCCAUAUGUGAAUUGAUACAUUCCCUUGUGACUUGUUCAAAGAUGUUUUUGCUUUUCUUUUUAUUUGUAUAAAGGAAAGAACACACAAUGUAGGUUUAAGAUACAGGUUCUCUGCUGUUUGUAGGAGAAGGGAUUGGGAAAAUAUUAUUGAUUAAAGUAUAAUAUGAAAAUAUCAUGUCUUUCUUUUAAUUCGACGGACCACUGAGAUGAUCUUUUUUCUUUCAAUAACCAUUUCCUCUAAUAAACCUUUCGAAUGGUAGUUUACCACUGAACCAGUACCAUUUUAUUAAUGUAGUUGUAUUUGAUGGGAUCUUGAAAAUGACAAACAAAUCGUCUUCUGAUAACCAGAAGCAUGACAUCAUAUAUUUUAAUAAAUAGUCAGCAAUGGCCUAUUUUCUUGAAAGUGACCAAACUUAAACUGGGCUCAACUUUCUCCUCUUUUUUGUGGAAGGCUUACUGUAACCUCUAAAUGCCAUAUAAACUAUUGUAAAAAUGUUACAGAAUAAGGAAUCAUUUCAAUUUUGGUACCCCCCAAAAAGGGAAUUUAGAGAUUUUGUUGUACUGUCAUUGCAGAGUGGUGGUGAUUUAUACAGGUUAAGAGGUUGACAUGUGGUGUUUCCUAAAUCAAUUGAAUCAAUCUACACACUUGUGCAGGGUUUUAAUAUGGCUGUAAGUUAAGGCAGGUUUUUCUAAAUUUGUAUAUGGGCUCUCUUUAUUGCUCUUGACAGACAAAAUCUUAUAAAUUAAAUGUUUAGAUGUAAAUUAACAGGUGAUUAUAAAGUGAAAAUUAGAAAUUGUUGUCUUUAAGAAUUACAUUUUUAACUGCUAAUUUUUUUGACAGCCAAUAUUCUUUGGUUCUAAUGAAUGAUU